AUGUCGGGUCAUAAGCGUUCGCGGCGACCUGACUGCAGGAGCCUUCGCCGAGAAAUCCCACCCCUCCACCCACCCCCGCCCGAAGCUGCAGCCCCUGUGAGUGGGCGGAGCCGAGGAGGGUUCAAAAGGAGGUGGAGGGAUACGCGGGCCACAGUCGGAACUACUUUCAGGAGGAGGUCACGUGUACUUCUAGUUGGGGAACUUUCCAAAUUCCCACUCCCAUAUGAUAGCUGUAGAGGCAAGUGCUUCGCUUCCUUUGCCCGGAGUGCUCCCGCCUUGUACGGGCAGGGGGACCCCAGAGCCUCCCGGGUCUCGAUGGAAGAACAGGCUCAGACGAGCCUCCCACUGGAGCGCUGUCGGGGCUGGCGCCGGAGGAGCUGGUUACACAAGCACCCACAUCCAAGCACGUGCCCCCGCCUUCCCUCACCUUGGCUGCUGCCGCUGAUUCUUACAGAUCUCGGAGCGAGGGUUCCCAAGCUGAUCGCACCCUUUGCCCGCUACCCACAGAGCAAGCUAGAGGACCGAAACCUGGGACUCCGAGCUCUGGAAUCAUGA